GUCGGGGCUGCGGGCGCUCGCUGGUGGCGGAUCUGGACGCCGCUGCGGUGGCAGGGCUCCGCGGCCGGGGUCGAAUCCAAUCGGGAGCCAUGAGCGUGGACAAGGCCGAGCUAUGCGGGUCUCUGCUCACCUGGUUGCAGACGUUCCAUGUCCCGCCCCCCUGUACCAGCCCGCAGGAACUGAGCAGUGGCCUCGCAGUAGCCUAUGUGCUGAACCAGAUAGACCCUUCCUGGUUCAACGAGGCAUGGCUCCAGGGCAUCUCAGACGACCCAGGUCCCAACCGGAGGUUGAAGGUCAACAAUCUGAAGACAAUCUUACAGAGCCUGGUGGAGUACUCCCAGGAUGUCCUGGGGCAUCCCAUUUUGGAGCAGCACCUUCCAGAUGUGAGCCUCAUUGGCGAGUUCUCAGACCCAGAAGAGCUUGGCAAGCUGCUUCAGCUGGUGCUGGGCUGUGCUAUCAGUUGCGAGAAGAAGCAGGAGCACAUCCAGAGAAUCAUGACGCUAGAGGAAUCAGUUCAGCAUGUGGUGAUGGAAGCCAUCCAGGAGCUCAUGACCAAAGACACCUCUGACUCCCUGUCACCGGAAACAUAUGGGAACUUUGAUAGCCAGUCCCGCAGGUACUACUUCCUGAGUGAGGAGGCUGAUGAGGGUGAUGAGCUGCGGCAGCGCUGUCUGGACCUGGAGCGGCAGCUGGUACUCCUGUCAGAGGAGAAGCAGAGCCUGGUUCAGGAAAAUGAGGUGCUGAGGGAGCGGGUGGGCCGGUCCGAGGGUGAGGGCACCACCGGCCUCACCUCCAAGAAGCUGCUGCUGCUGCAGUCCCAGCUGGAGCAGCUGCAGGAAGAGAACUUCAGGCUGGAGAGCGGCAGGGAGGACGAGCGCGUGCGCUGUGCCGAGCUGGAACGGGAGGUCGCUGAGCUGCAGCAGCGGAACCAGGAGCUGACCAGCCUGGCCCAGGAGGCACAGGCCCUGAAGGAUGAGAUGGAUGAACUUCGGCAGUCCUCAGAGCGCGCAGGGCAGCUGGAGGCCACGCUGAGCAGCUGCCGGCGCCGCCUGGGCGAGCUGCGGGAGCUGCGGCGGCAGGUGCGGCAGCUGGAGGAGCGCAACGCCGGCCACGCCGAGCGCACGCGGCAGCUGGAGGAAGAGCUGCGCCGGGCCGGCUCCCUGCGCGCCCAGCUAGAGGCGCAGCGGCGGCAGGUUCAGGAACUGCAGGGCCAGCGGCAGGAGGAGGCCAUGAAGGCCGAGAAAUGGCUAUUCGAGUGCCGCAAUCUGGAGGAAAAGUAUGAGUUGGUGUCAAAGGAGAAGGAGCGGCUGCUGGCAGAGCGGGACUCCCUGCGGGAGGCCAAUGAGGAGCUGCGCUGCGCCCAGAUGCAGCCUCGUGGGCUGACCCAAGCUGACCCCUCACUGGAUCCCACCUCACCGGCUGUGGAAAACUUAGCAGCCGAGAUCCUACCUGCGGAGCUCAGGGAGACGCUCCUGCAGCUUCAGCUGGAGAACAAGCGCCUGUGCCAGCAGGAGGCGGCCGACCGGGAACGGCAGGAGGAGCUGCAGCGCCACCUGGAGGACGCCAACCGCGCGCGCCACGGCCUGGAGAUGCAGCACCGGCUGAACCAGCAGCAGCUGUCGGAGCUGCGGGCCCAGGUGGAGGACCUGCAGAAGGCCCUGCAGGAGCAGGGGGGCAAGACCGAAGACUCAACCCUGCUGAAGAGGAAGCUGGAGGAGCAUCUGCAGAAGCUGCAUGAGGCAGAUCUGGAGCUGCAGCGGAAGCGCGAGUACAUCGAGGAGCUAGAGCCCCCUGCCGAUAGCAGCACAGCCCGGCGUAUCGAGGAGCUGCAACACAACCUGCAGAAGAAGGACGCGGACUUGAGGGCCAUGGAGGAGCGGUACCGCCGCUAUGUGGACAAGGCGCGCACAGUCAUACAGACCCUGGAACCCAAGCAGCGGCCACCUGGGGGGGCUCCUCCGGAACUCCACACCCUGAGGACACAGCUCCGGGAGCGGGAUGUCCGCAUCCGGCACCUGGAGGUGGGUGUCCUUAUCCCUUCUCACUGUCCCCAGCAUAUCCAGGUCCUUGACUGUUGCCUCCUUAGCAGAUGGACUUUGAGAAGAGUCGAAGUCAGAGAGAGCAGGAAGAAAAGCUGCUCAUCAGUGCCUGGUAUAAUAUGGGCAUGGCUCUGCAGCAGCGAGCCGGGGAAGAGCGGGCACCUGCCCAUGCCCAGUCAUUCCUGGCACAGCAGCGGCUGGCCACCAAUGCUCGCCGCGGACCCCUGGGACGCCUGGCACCCCUGAACAUGCGCCCCACUGACAAGCACUGAUGGAUCUCAGGAUCCUGCCACCUGCCCAGCCAAUCAGGGCUUAAUCCACCCUGGAUUCCCCUGACUCACGUGGGGCCCAGCAUUAUGCCUCAGCCAGUUGCUUGAGAGCCUUGAAGUCAUAAUCUCUGCCCUUUUCUGUCCCAGGUGGGAUGAGAGUGCAGGAUGAGGCGGGAGGCAGGAAUGGGCCUAUUCUUUUUAGCAAUGUGAUUCUUAUUCUUGAUUUUAGUGAGUUUCCAGGGGAGAGAGUGAUUUUAUAU